GUUUGGUGUGUGUCAUGGGCGUGAGCACAUCGUGUGUGAUUCUCUUGUCUUAUAUCCACAUAUUCCACAUAUAAGUGAUGCAGAUUACAUGCAGAGAGAAGAAUCAUGUGGAGAGAAACAGUGUUGAUAAGAGCAGUGAGGAGCAGUGAUAUGGAGGCUGUGAGGGAGGUUUAUAGGUCCUCUCAAGUAGUUAUGUCCAGGCAGGAGUUUAUUAUCCACCUCCUGCGCCUCUUCAAACAUCCUUACCUCGUCAUCCUCACCGUUAUCAUCUUCCUCUUACUUUACUGCAUCCUGCAGGAUGUGGUGUGGGCGGCGGUGUGGGGCGUGUGGGUAAUGGUGGUACUGGAAGGUAGUCGGUACUGGAUGUUCUGGAGGCAGAUCCGCAGAGUGUUCCAGCCUGGACCUGACCUUCUCAACCUGAUGUGCUACUACUCACACUCUCGCAGAUUGUUCUUGGUGGCUGAGGUGGAUGGUGAAAUAGUUGGCACUGCAGCUGUGAGAGAGACUGAUGAUCCGUACACUGCUAAGCUGAUGAGAAUGUUCGUCCACCCAAGAUUUAGAAGGAAAAACAUCGCCUCAAGGUUGGUAGAGGCGUGCCACAGUGAGGCUGACCAUCUGGGUUACAAGGCAGUAGAGCUACUAACUCACACCACCAACCACAGUGCCAUCAAGUGCUACCUGAAGGCAGGUUACACUCCACUCUACGUGAAGAACUUCGCUCGCCUGUAUCCCCACACUUUCGACACCAUUCACUUUAUUUGGAAAAUAAAAUAAAAAUAUCUAUUUCCAAGAGAAAUAUGAUACUUGUUACUCUUAUCUUAUUAAUAAAAGUUGUUUAUAUGACCAGUGGGUUAUCUUCUUCUAUGAGAAUCAUAGGGACGAAAGCAAGCUACGUUCCCCAUGUCAUAGUCUAGGACCCAGGAUGAAUUUGGCGCAAUAAUAUGAGUCAGCCUGAGUUGGGAGACUUCAGUAAGGCUGUGAAGAUAUACUACAGCUCGGUUGGUAGCGCACUCACCUCACACACUGACGUCCGUAGUUCGAUCCCCGGUGCUGGUGGAAAAUUAGGACGUGUUUCCUUAAGACACCUGCUGUCCCUGUUCACCUAGUAGUAAAAUAGGUACCUGGGUGUUAGUCAUGUUACACCUGAUGUUCACCUAGUAGUAAAAUAGGUACCUGGGUGUUAGUCGACUGGUGUGGGUCGCAUCCUGGGGACAAAAUUGCCCUUAUUGGCUCAAAAUGCUCUGCUUAAUCAGGAGCUUUCUAUAUAGUAUGUCACUGAUGCGUGCAACCAGCAGUAACAGCCUGGUUGAUCAGGCUGUGAUCCACCAGGAGGCCUUGUCACAGACCGGGCCGCGGGGGCGUUGACCCCCGGAACUCUCUCCAGGUAUGGUCUGUAUAAGUUGUAUCAUGUACUGGUAGAUAUGAAGAUUAUAAUAAUAAUAAUAAAUAAUAAUAAUAAUAAUAUUAUUAUUAUUAUUAUUAUUAUU